AAUGCCAACAAUGCGCGCCAGUGUCAACUUACGUUUGAUCUGAAGUUUAAAUGGUUUUAAGCGUGAAAAGUGAACUUUCAUUCACACUACAAUGAUCACCAUAUAGCAGAUAAGAUAUUUAACUUAAAUUAAGAAACUGUGAUUAGUGCGAUACACCUCGGCAUGGCCAAGAUGCACAACGGCUUUCCUCCCGACGACGAUGAUCCCAUACUCGAAGAAAUACCCAUUUACCUUUCCAAGCGUAUGUCCAAACAACUGUACGUUUUUCAAUAUCCUCUCCUACCUGAGGGAUCUGCAAGAGUGAGUAUUCAAAAGGCGUGCGUGAAGCCGGUGAACAAGGUAGUAAAGCUGGAUGUGGCCAUUAAUUCGCAAUCAAGUAAUUUUGAUAGCAUUCGAGCUGAAGACCUAGCUAGACUGAUUCGAAAUGCUGAGAAGGAUUCCAAGGAUAAGAAAAAGGAUAAAUCAUGUAAUAGUCGCAUGUUUAGUAAGCUUGUGUACAAAUCUUCCAAGGUGAUGGUGGAUACCUCAAAGUAUGCAAUUGGUGUGUACAAUGGGAAGGAUUUCCACAUUACACCACUGGAAGCCUACAUACAGCUGCGACCUUCAUUAGAUUUUAUAGAUAUGUGUAUAAAACAGAAGAAAAAGGAUCACAAUGAUGGAAAUACUGAUUUAGCUGAAGCUAGCACUAGUGCACAGGCUGUGACUGUCAAGUUUGCUAGGAAUGAAAUAGAUAAAAACUUGCGUGCAAAGGACAUGACAUAUAAACAACUCCAGGAGAAGAUUCAUGCAGAGAAUUGGCUGCAAUGCAAGUGGCUUUCAAAUAAGAACAGAGACCAUGAUUAUUUAAUUCAUAAAUUAUACUGUGAAAACAUGGAAGACACUGGGCAAUUAUCAAUGAUUAACAAGACAGAAUAUCUUAAAUUAUUGGUACCAGAUGAUCAGGAGCAGGCUGUUAUUACACCAUCCCUACCUUCACAUGUAGUAUCAUUGCAUUCGCUUCGAUCUUUACCUGUGCAGGAACAGUGCAGGUUACUUUUGAAAGAUACAAAAAUGAUCCAAUUUCAACAGCUAAUGCUGCUUUUGAUAUCUGGCAAAGGCGUAACGCAUGAGGCUGUAAUCAAGAGCUUGCCGCAAGUUGCAGUCCUUGUGCGGGGUAAUUGGGUGGCCAAGUCUGAGAUCCUCUAUCCGCAGAAUAGUUUCUCAGCAAUCAGUGGGGUAUCAGCCGAACAAAUGUGCAAAGCGCGCGAUUAUGUGCUGUAUCAGUUCACAAAGCACGACUUCGUAGAGCGUCGAAAAGUAAGUCAAACCAUUCGUCUGCCCACUGAGGAGGUGAAAGAAAUCUUCCUUGGAGUGGCACGCCUACGACACAAUAAGGGUUGGGAGUUGCUUCUGCCCGAGGACACCGAAUUCAUUGCGAAACAUGCGGAUAUUGCCGAACGACAGAAGCGGUUAUGGGAGAACCGCUGGCAGCAGCUGGAUGACUAUUACAAAGGUUGUCCGAAGAUGGAGCGAAAGCGGAAAAAGAGCCGCAGUAUCGGUGGCGAUGUAGAAAAUAAAACAAAUGAAGCGCGAACGCUCCCACCAGUCAAACAGGAACAGGUUAGCGAUGACGCUGAUUCGGACGCGGACAAGAAGGGCACAAAAAGAUGAAGAAGAAGAACGUCUCGUUUAAUAUCAAGAAACAUAUAGAAAUUACGCGCAGCAAUGGUGAAGAAGACCUCAAUGGACUGAUAGGACUGGUGAAACAAAUUGGAAAGCUACACAAAGAUCAUGAAGAAGAGAUUCCUUGUCCUUUAGGUGUUUAACUUUGUAGAUAAUCUAAUUUAUUCAUAAAUGAUAAAUAAUUGAUUGAUGUUGACCAAAUCAAGUUUUCACUAAAUUUUAUCUGAACAUUUUUAUACAUUUAAGUUAUUUUUAUAACCUUUGCAGAAUUGUUGAAAUUUUGUUAUAAAGUAUCAUGUGCAUGAAUUGAUUUGAUCAAAGUAAAUUUGUUAUAUUAAU